AUGGCCGUUUCUGGGGGUCUCGAGCAGUGUCGCUUUGCGCAACAGCCGAAUUGGCUUCGCGAAAUUCAAAAGAAUGACCAUGGUGCCAUCCGCUCGAUCCACUUCUCCCAGGUCGUGUCGCCAAUCUGGGCCCGGCCAUCUCGAUCUGCCAUUCUCAUCAGGAUGAGCCCAACUCCACAAACGCACACGCGCAUCGUGGCCGCGGCGAAGCAGCUUUUCUUCGCCCUCGGCCAGAGGAGGCUCGACUUUGCUCACAAUGGCAAUGGCAUCCACGUCAUCGGCGUGGUUGCUGGGUCGAGCAUGACAAGACGGCAGGUAAAUGUCUUGGCUGGCACAUGA